UGCGCGUCGGGAGGCGCCUUUCAUCCAGACGCGAGACGGUGCGGCCCCGUGUCUCUCCACGCGUCGCUUCUUCGCCCAAGGCAGCGCUGCGGCGUGGCACGCGCGUCUCCCACAGCGCCACAGGCACGCGAUUCUCCUCAGUCAAGUGCUCAGAAGUGAGCCGGCGGUGAAGAGGAGAGGAAGCAGGCGACGUCUCCCGCGCGCCGCGUGCCGGAGCGAUCAUCAUCAUCAUCAUGUCAAACUUGAAGAAGCGCAACUCGAACUCGUCGGCGGAGCGCGAGGAAGAGGACCGGCAGGUGAAGGAGAAGAUGCUGUGGCCACGCGGCGGAGAGAACGGCAGCGCGAGGCAGGCACCCGGCAGCCCCGCGGAGAGUCCGGCGAGCGACGACGACGGCGCCGCCGCCAAGGAGGAGGAGGAAGAAGAAGAGACCGGCGUGGUCCUCAAGAGAACGAUCACCCUGGUGAACGGCGUGGCCAUCAUCGUGGGCACCAUCAUCGGCUCGGGCAUCUUCGUGACCCCCACGGGUGUGGUGAAGGAAGCGGGCUCCGUGGGGCUCUCGCUCAUUAUCUGGACCGUGUGCGGCAUCUUCUCCACGGUGGGCGCGCUCUGCUACGCCGAACUGGGCACCACCAUCUCCAAGUCAGGCGGGGACUACGCGUACAUCCUGGAGGUGUACGGCUCGCUGCCCGCCUUCCUCAAGCUGUGGAUCGAGCUGCUCAUCAUCCGGCCUUCCUCGCAGUACAUCGUGGCCUACGUGUUCGCCACGUACCUGCUGAAGCCCGUGUUCCCCGUGUGCCCGGUGCCCGAGGACGGUGCCAAGCUGGUGGCGUGUCUCUGCGUGUUGCUGCUGACUGCAGUGAAUUGCUACAGUGUCAAAGCAGCUACCAGGGUUCAGGACGCCUUUGCUGCUGCCAAGCUGCUUGCCCUCGGCCUCAUCAUCAUCAUCGGCUUUGUCCAGAUCGGCAAAGGUGAAACGGAGGGCCUUUUGCCAGAGAAUGCAUUCAAAGGUUCAAAUUCAGACUUUGGGAACAUCGGGCUGGCCUUGUACAGCGGACUGUUCGCGUAUGGCGGCUGGAACUAUCUAAACUUUGUUACAGAAGAAAUGAUUGAGCCCUACAAGAACCUGCCACGUGCCAUCAUCAUCUCGCUGCCCAUUGUCACCGUUGUCUACGUGUUAACAAACUUGGCCUACUUUACCACGCUCAGUCCUGAUGACAUGCUCACCUCUGAAGCUGUUGCAGUGGACUUUGGGAACUUCCACCUGGGUCCAAUGGCUUGGAUCAUACCAGUGUUCGUGGGGCUGUCCUGCUUUGGUUCUGUCAACGGCUCCUUAUUCACCUCCUCCAGACUCUUCUUUGUAGGUUCUCGAGAGGGUCACCUGCCUAGCCUGCUGUCCAUGAUUCACCCCAGCCUGCUUACACCACUCCCCUCGCUGAUCUUCACAUGCAUCAUGACACUGCUGUACGCCUUCUCCAAUGACAUCUUCUCCGUCAUCAACUUCUUCAGCUUCUUCAACUGGCUCUGCAUCGCUAUGGCCAUCAUUGGCAUGAUGUGGCUGCGUUAUAAGAAGCCCGAGCUGGAGCGACCAAUCAAGGUGAACAUCCUGCUGCCGGUGAGCUUCGUACUGGCGUGCCUGUUCCUCAUUGUGGUGUCCAUUUGGAAGACCCCCGUAGAGUGUGGCAUUGGGUUCGGCAUCAUCGCCACCGGUGUGCCCGUGUACUACUUUGGCGUCUGUUGGCAGAACAAACCCAAGUGGCUCCAGCAGGCAAUCUUUUCCAUGACGGUGAUUUGUCAAAAGCUGCUCGUGGUGGUGCCCCAGGAAUCCUGAAUUUGUGGGGAGUAACGCCCCCUCUGCGCACAAUGACUAAUCCCAACUGGCUGGCCCCGCCUCAUCUAACACUGGAACGGUCCCACUUCACCUGCCUCCUUGACCACUGACCUCCUCGUGUCUCUGACCUUCCACCCUCCCUGCAUCUGAAAUGAUACAUUGGCUAGGGGGGCGGUAUUUAGGGACGAGGGGACGGCUGAGGGGCAGAGGCUAGGCAGGGGUGAGAUUAAUUUCGUAGGAACAGUAUUAGAGUAAUUCUAUCUGGAAUCCAGUCAUAAGAUUGCGCUUUUCUUUGUAUUUAUGUCUAAUUUGGUCAUUGCUCUCCACAUUUUAUGUUGCAUUAGUCCAGUAUUUCCAUACGGUUUCAGCUUUUUUUGUUUCUUCUUUUGUAAGGGCCAAUCAUUCCUUUUCCACUGGGUUUCUGAAACACUGCUUUAGCAAUAAGACGCUGGUGUGGAACAGAGUCCUACUUCCAGCUCUUGUUCUUUGUGGGGAGGGGCUAUGGCACUGAGGAGUGCCAAGGCAGUAUCACCAUGGAAGCCAGGUCAGACUGUCCAUGGCGCCAUCUGAUCCAUAAUGUUUAGGCUUCUCAUCAUCCUCCAGCUGUUUGCAGCUGUCUAGUGUACAAAGCCAGCAAACUGCUCCUGUUCAUGGAACUUAGUUUCUUACAACCAAAUACUGAGAGACCUACAGGGACACUAUGUUUUGCAGAGAUUUCAACCCCCCAUGUCUGUGAGCAUUCUUUGAGAUGCAGUCUUCACUGAGGUUUUCUCUAAGCCUUCCACAGUGAAUGAAGAGAUGAAGUUGGUCUGUAGUCGGCUUUCUCUGUGCCUUGUCUCCAUAUGUAGUGAUUUAAAAAGCCUUCAUUGACAGAACUUGGAUUUGUAUUUAUAAUAAUAGAAAGCUUUUGGGUAUUCAUCUAUAUAUUUUUUCUCUGGUUAAAUCUUAUUUCAGACUCUUUUUUUGGAUGCUUAGAUUUUAUAAGACUACAAAUUGUACAUGACAAACAUUAAUGACUGGUUUUUGUUCCAGUUUCUUUUUCUUGAUAUUGUUAUAGCCACAUCUACACCAGGAGUCCUUGUCUUGGCAACCCCCUUUGCAUGGUGGUUUUUGUCAGUUGAGUUUUUCAUUAAUUUAACAAGUCUCCACUAAUCCAAUUUUUAUUAAAAAAAAAAAAAAAUUGAAAUACAGUUCAUGGCAUUUUUUUGGAUUGCCAAAAAUGCAAGCUAAAUAGAAUGAACUUAAUAUAUAUCAUUUGCAGUAGUUGGUGUCUUGGUUGCUUAAUUAUUGAACUUCUAAAAAAAAUUAAGAACAAUCAUUGUAGUAACUAAUAAUGAGUACUGUAUGAUACACAUCACUGGAGAAAAUGUGUAUACGUAUAUGCCGAUAUUUUAAGUUUUGGAGGUAUUUCAUAAAUGAAAUAUUCUGAUCAAUACAGUUUUAAGAUGGUGCAUUGUUACCUAGUGCGUUGUUAGCUAGCGCAUCUUAAUUUUUAGAUUGUGUGACAGUUACAGAAACUAUACAGUGAUACAGGAGGUUGUCUGGACCAAGGCUGAAACCUCAGAUCUGCACACAAAUCAGGUUAUCUGUAGAAAUUAAAGUGAAGGAACUGAACAAUUCUCAUGAACCGUGCGUGAAUAGUCGUGGCUAGGUAUUUAUACGGUAGUGCACAGUUGUAGUCAUAUGUCUGAUUCUUCUGUCACCAUGUACCUCAGUUUAACGGAGAGCUUGACCAGAAACAUACAUGCUAGUCUUUGUCAUUUUACAAAAACUACAUCCAUUUAUUUUUGCAUGUUAACAUUAUGAACUGUACAUCAGAUGAAAUGUAUGGAUAAUCUGGUUUUCAGUAACUCUCUUUUUUUUUUUUCUUUUUUUUCCCCCCCUUCCCUCCAGUGCUUACUACUAAACCACUGUUGUGCCAGUAUUACAGUGAAGAUUUUUGGAAAGGUUUUUGUUACAAAAUGUUGUUACAUCUUUGAACAUGAAUUAUUUUAAGCGAGAUGUGAUGAGUUAUGUAUGUGCCAUAGAGUAAGUUUGUACUUGAUAUAUCAGCACAGGGAGGGUUCAAGUAUGGUCAUGUGGUGGCCUUUUCCACUCUUAUGACAUCCCUUGUCUGUUGAAGUACUGCUGUUUGCAAGGGUGUUUAUGUCUGUGUGUGAGUGCGCGUGCAUACACCUAGGUUUUAACCGAGCUCAGAGCUCCUCUUCCUAGACUGGAGUUUACCUUUCUAGCCAUGACACUAACAACCUGAUGGAAUUUACUGAACCCAGACCCCUUAGUAGGGGAUACCUAGGAUCGUAUAAUAAAGAUGGGUCAAUACAUUGAGAUUUUAGGUAGUAAUCAGAUGUUUUCUUGCACAGUUCUGUGAAACUGUAAUACUGACCUAAAUGUGUCUCCUAAAGCUCUUAGACUCGAUGUGUCCUGUUUCUUUUGCAAAUCCCAUAUGGGUGUGACACACUGUUGACGUUCAUGUAUCUAUUUCAGUUCUUCAAAAUUGUGUAGAAUGAAGGAUGAGUUAAACUAAUAUUAUUAGGCAUUGUUUUAUAUUCUGUUUCUUUGGCUAAUAAAACUAUUGUUAUAGAUGUUUAUUUAUUCUUGGGAUUGUUAGCUAGUGCUUCGAGUUCAGACCGUGUUUAUAUCAGGGCAUUUGCAAGCUUCUCAACAGGAAAUCCGCAGUACUCUCAUUUCAAAUGUUUGUUGAUGUGUGUCUUUUGAACCUGCUAUUGUUCCAAUUGUGCUUUCUUUGUUUGUCUUUGUUUGUAGAAAACACAGGGGCAUGCUUGAUGGACCCAGAUUAGCACUGAUCUGCAACAAGUAGAUUGGACAGCAAGACCAAAAAUGUGAUUUUGCCUGUAAUCGCAUUUAGACCAGGUCUAUAAAGUAUGUCCGAGUGUUUACAUGUUUGUGUUUGCGAUUUGUUUGUGUCCUUGUGACAAGCCCCCCAUCUAGUCACACCUCAGGCUAAAAACCCUCCCAGGUUGCAUCACUGUUGAAGGUAGUAUACAGAAAUAGUUUGGCUGUAUUAGAUAUAAACCGACUUUAAUCAGUUCCUCAACCAAUUUGGGAAUUCAGUUAACUGGAUUUUUUUUCUUUAUGUAUAACCUGCAAAGGUGUUCAGUAACACCAGGUUUGUAAUUAUCAGUUAAUACCAGUCUUAUUGUGACUGUGCUUGUUGGCUGAAACAGGUCUGAAUCAGCACUUGCAGUCUGGUGGCCGUGGUGUCAAACCAUUGCUUUCUUCUGCUGUGCACCUCUCUUGAUCCGCCUGGCAUUCUCUAUGCACGCUGUUCUCCACUUUAAACGCACUCCUUUUGCCUGAGGUGUGAUAUUUUCCCAUCACCCAUCCGCUUACCCGGUUGUAUUUUUUUGUUUUGUCUUCUAUGGAGCCUUUUGGGCAGAAACAUGCACUUCUGUAGAACAUGUGGAAACAAACUUUUUUUAAAAAAAAAAAAAAAAAAAUUCAUGUUUUCCUUCUCAUGGUCUUAAAUUGUCUGACAAAUAAAAGAUUGAAAA